AUGGAGGAGAAUCCAGGAUUUGGAAGAGGUGGCAAUCGUGAUGAUUGGUACGAUGAUCGACGAAGAUCAGGAGGAGACCGCCAUAGCCAUCCAGAAGAUGGACGAAGGGGACGGUUUGAUCGUGGAUAUGAUGGCCCUCCUCGAAGACCACGUGAUCAUCUAGAUGAAGACAGGUUUGGCAGACGCUCUCGUUCUGACAGUCGGGGCGGUGGUCACUUCGACGAUCGCUAUGAUGAUCAUUACGAUGAUCGCUAUGAUGAUCAUUACGAUGAUCGCUAUGAUGAUCGUUUUGAUGAUAGAUAUGACGAUGGGAGGCAUCGUUCUAGAUCUAGAAGUAGACGAAGUCACGAUCGAUUCCGUGACCGUCGAACACCAUCUCCAGAAGUGGAACCCGAAUGGCCUCCUUCGUUUGACAAGGAUGGAUCCGCAUUUGUUUUUGACAAUCGAUCGGCAAUGUUCUAUGAAGCGCUGAGUGACUUUUUCUACGAUCCAAAAAGCAAACUCUACUACAGCAACAAGAAGGAAUCCUACUUUCGUUUCGACGAGAAAGAAGAUCCUCCAUUUGUAAAGGUAGAGAAGAGUGGUGGAGGGCCGCUGGAAGCAUCGGAGGUGACAGUUGAGCCCAUUGUUUCCGCGAUUGCAAAACCAAAGCCGAUGAUUGCGAUUAAUUUGAAGACCAUCAAGAAGAUCAAAGGAAGCAAGUCUUCAAUUGCCCGAUACAAACAUCAGGCCCCCUUGGUUUCAAAGGAAGAACAGCAACGCAUUGCUAAUAUUGAGAAAUGGAGGGAGAAGCAAGUAGAGAUUAAGGCUGAAGCGCAACUAGAAGAAGGGGAUGAAUCAAGACAAAAAAUCCGAUGGACCAAGAAAGGACAGCCCAUUUGUAUGCUCUGCAAACGAAAAUUCCAAUCGGUUGAGAAAUUGAGGUCGCACGAGCGAGACUCCGAAAUGCACAAGCAGAACGUGGUCAAACUUGAAGAGGCUAGGCAAGCAGUUCUCAAACGGAAAGAGUCACAAGCAGGAACCUAUACUGAUCGGGCCCAGAGGCGACGGGACUUGCAUGGAAUCGAAGGAGGAUUGAAUGCUCCAAGCGCAAGUAGGAUAGGCGAUCCAACUGAGGCCAUGGAACCAGCAACUGUUCCUAACGAUACAUUGGGAUCAGACAAUAUUGGAAAUCAGUUGCUGAGAAAGAUGGGUUGGCAAGAAGGUGAUAAAUCGGAAUCCGACCCACAAGAUAAUUUACGAAAGGAUUGGGAUAGGAUUGAGACUAUGGCGAAAAAGAGUUGA